AUGAGGCCCGACUCCGACACGGUCUCGGAGAGGCAUAGUCUCGGCGACGGCCUCGGGGAGUCCACAGACUUAGCGAAUUGGUUUGCUGGUAGGCCGCUGCAUACGCAAGCGGUCUUGACGCUAAGUUCCCAUGGCCAGCAGCCUUUAUUUACCCCUUCACAGUCUCUCCAAAGGUGCCAAGAUACAAUGCCCUACUCUCAGAACGAACAUGUCGCUCUAGUUGCCUGGCUUCUUUCGAUGCUUAGUUUUGCUCGAAUUCAACUCGACAACUUUCUUGCCCCGUUUUACCCGGAUAUGACUAUGCCCGUCGCUGAUCUAUCUGGCAAACUGGCUAUCGUCACUGGCGCCAACUCUGGUAUUGGCCUGGAAGCUGCUCGUGCGCUCGCGAGGAUGAAUGCCCAUGUUGUUUUAGCCUGCCGCAACGAAACGAAGGGGGAAGAGGCAAAAAGGCAUAUAAUUGAAAAUACUGGAAACUUGAAGGUCGAGGUCGAAGCACUGGAUUGCGCGAAUCUUGCGACUCCAAACGGACGCAUUAUUUCCGUUUCCUCUGCUGGAUUUUAUGGCAGCGAUCCUCUGAGCAAGAGAAACAUCGGAAAUCGGGACAUCUUGGCCAAGUUCAAUAACCAAGCUGGGGCCAAGUUAUCGCUUGGUGAAAUGCUGCAGCUUUACUUUAGGUCUAAAGCCUCACAAGCUGUAUGGUCGAUGGCUCUUCAGUGCCGGUUAUCCAAGAAAGAAGCAUGGAAAGGUAUCACCGUACACUCUUGCCAUCCUGGCACAGUUAAAUCUUCUAUUUGGUCUCAGCCUGAAGGUGCCGGAUCAAUGGCCGACGCGGCCUCCAAUUUAAUGAAAUUUGGGGCGAGAACACUAGGCAUCACAAGCGAACAGGGAGCGAUCACCGCCGUUUGGCUGGCAGUUGCGCCAGAACCUGCCAGCUCUAAUCUAAAGGGGAGGUUCUGGGAUCGUAAGCAAUGGAAGUGGGUCAAUCCUUGGAGUCUGAGUGUUCACCUUCAGGACGAGUUAUGGGAUCUGUGGUGCGAAGAGGCCGGAAUGCACUUGAACUAG